AGUUGUAUAUUGGACGUCGCGUAGAGCAGUCCACGCUCUAAAGUUGUGGAGAUCUCCAGGCACGUGCUUUGCUUUUAGUUGGUUUCGUAUUCGCGGGUUUCUGCGGAGAGUUAAAUCUUAUUCCUUUAAAGAUAAGGAAAUCGUCUCAAAAUAACGCGAGCAUUACGUUAUUAUUAAUAUAAAAAAAAAAUUUGCACUACGUGACGCGAAACAUGUUGGCGUUUAAUUAUUAAUUUAAUUUAAUUGUUACAAUUUAGUUUGUUGUAAAAUUUAAUUUAAUUUAGUUUCUAGUGUAUAAUAAAGGAACUACGUUUAAAUGGAAAAGUUAAAAAUGAAAAUUUUCUUAUUUGAUUUUUAAUUUGGAAGAGGUUUGGUGCGAAAUACCGGAGGAGAUUGAACGACUGAACUCGACAGAAUAAGAACAAAACUUGGGGAAGAAAACGAAAUUAAGAAAAGUUGAAAGAGAAAGAACCGGUUGAUAUCCACCAGCACAAGAGGAAUUGAUUAAUUAAACUGUAUAUUGAUCGAAGGAAUAAAAAGCAGUCAAAUUAAGUGAAACGAGAAUUUAUUAUUAUUAUUUUUUAUUUUUUAAUUAUCGCGAAUCGUUAAGGGUGGGAUUUUUCUAUAAUCACUAUUUAUUCGAACGGGAGGGCUCACUUUGACAGGACGCCAACCCGGAAAACCCGAAGAAAUCCUGACCGUUCCACUUCCAGAGCAGAAAUAAUCGGCCGCGUCUAAUAUUGGGCCCCGUCUGGCCUUAUCUCGACGGCUUUGUAUGUGCAAAAUAGCUGUACUACAAAGAACUGCAGUUGGAGUGGGUCAAUUGAAGAUUCAAGGUGUAGCAACGUGUAUGUACCUGUGCAUGGAUGCUUGUGGAUUUUUAUACGGAUCGAGAGACGUCACGAAAGAAUGCAUCUUCAGAGAGAAAAUCAACGAGGACAACUACAACACUUACUCCUCGGUGAAAUACUCAAACGUAAACAAAACGAUGUACGUCGCGAUGAACAGGUACGGGCAGACGCGAAAGCUCGUCUUAAGAGGGAACGCGGAUCUAGGAAAAUUAGCUUCGUAUGCUCGAGCUUUGACGACGGUUCCACAUCCGGAUGUUCAUCCAAUUAGGCACGAGGCUCACCACUGUAGGGAUGCGCCCUCGGAUUUACCGGAUGGUGGAAGUCCAUCAGGAGCACGGUGCCCAAUGGGGGCAAAGAAGAAAAAGAAAAAGAAGAAGCGAAAGUGUACUCACGCGGAUCCUUGCGUUAAAAAAAACAAUAAGAAAUUAACGGGGAAAAAAUGUUCGGGAGAGGACGGUGAAAAGUGCUCGCGAGUGUCGAACCAAAACAAUAAAGGUGGUAAUAAACGGAAAAAUGGAGGGGGGCCCAAAAGAUUGGCGGGAUUGGGGAAGAAUAAAAAGAAAGGUUUCAAAGGGAAACUAUUUCAGGGGAACAAAAAAGGCGGUAAACGAACCACGACCACGACGGAACUAGCAGCAAUCUCGACGACCACGACGGAAGAACCCAUCGAUGAUGAUUAUUAUGGGUUCGAUAACAGCACUCACGCGGAGUGGGACGAAGCCAGCACGGCUUCCGUAGAUGAAUCUAGUACUACUACUACCAUGCACCCAGACUGAUGUGUUUAUUUAUUAUUUACUAUUUAUUGUGUUUUUAAUAAUUUGUAAAACCAAGAAGACUUGUAGAGAUUAUUUAACGGACGAAUAUGCGAAGAAAAAGAUAAAGAAUGUGACAAAAAUUGUUUAAAACCAGUAUUUCAAAAUCCAUAAAAAAAUACAAACAGGCUGUGUCCUUUUUACUAUGUAAUAGAAAAAGACCAACAAGUCUAUAUAAUAUAUAUAAAUAAAAAAUGAAUACUUAAUUUAAUUUGCUCAGCAAAUUACAAUUAAACCCUAAAAUUAAAAGAAAACAUUUUUGUCACAAUACAUAAUUAUUACUAAGUAAUCUCUUAAUCAUUUAGUAAUAAUUUAGUAAAAACUUCGCAAAUAAACUGCAAUAUACACGUGUAUCUCGCAUCGCACCUCUUUUUACCCAAUUACUCUCUUCAGAUUUUAUAUGUAAAUUAUUUAAAGAAAAACUAUGCAAAUAAUCGUAAUAAACGCGCACGAAACAAAAUGUAAUAAUAGCAAAUAUAACUCGAAAAAAAUAAUCAUUUUAAUAAUUCAUCGGAUAUCGACGAUGAAUCAAUCAGCUUCAGCUUUGAAAUGGCUUCGAGACCCGUGUAGUUAGUUACCACCUCCACGUCCGCUAUUCCAGUGAAUCUGACCGAGAAGACAACAUUCAGUGUACGCGAAAUAAACUAAAAAAGAAAAAUAAGUAAAAAGUAAACACUUAGGAUAAUACGAGAAAACGCAUGAUUAAGAAGCAAAAAUAAACAUGUUCGAAACUUA